UUCAUCGUUAUUAUAAUUAUGCUGAAUUUCAGAUGUUAAAUAAACCGAGUCACGUGACCAAUAAAUAAUAGUAUAAGCUUCUAGUAUUUACUCUUCCUUUUUUGGACUAACACAUGCAUUGUUUUUUGUCGUUUUUCUAAAGCGAGAAAAUAAUCUACUUCAUUUCAAAGGAUUUUAUUUCACAGUUUUAUAGAUCGCAGCAGACACAAGGUUAGAUCUGACUUAAGAUUUAGUUUUUUUCUAAACAUACACAGUUUUUAUUUUACUUCAAAAUGAAAUCAUGUCGGGUUUCCAAAAGCCCAGAGAAAAGAGUUAUGAAUGGUCGAACAACGAAGAGAAGACAAGAACGAAAAUCACAAGAAAGAAUUGCUAGACUUAAACAAAUAUCAAAACAACGAUAUACCAAUGUUCAAAAAGAUUUAUUAGAAUUAUAUGAGAAUAUUUUUGGUGUAGCCGAGAAGUUUAAGUCACCAGCUAGAUUAGAUUUAUUAGAAUUAUAUGAGAAUAUUUUUGGUGUAGCCGAGAAGUUUAAGUCACCAGCUAGAUUAGGUGUAGCCGAUACAACUAUCGAAAGAUCAAGACCUUUAAUUCCCCUUACAUUUCAGAAACGAGCAGAAAAAGGCAUAAAUGGCCUAAAAGAUCCUACGUAUAAUUACUCUACACCUAUAGCUAGCCCGACACCGUCGUAUGUUUCAGUACGGUCAAGCCCGACACCUUCAUAUGUUUCAACACACAACUACUCCCUAUCGCCAAGACUUAGUUCAGCUUCUUCGAUUGAGUUUACAAAAGAGCUACCUCCACCUCCACAAUUGGUGAAGACAUGUAUACAACAAUCUUGUUAUACCUAUUAUAAUACGAAGACAUUUGAACAGAUAAAUUCACUUGAGCUUCUUGACCCUCAGAUAUAUAAUAAACUAAAUUCAUGGAUAUGGAAUAAGUCGAUAGUGAAUGUAGAAAGAGUAGUAGAAAAGUCCGAAGACAAUCAACGAGUAUUAGUGCCACAAGAAACAUUAUGUUGGUCAUAUUACAAUAGGAGAACAGGUGAUCAGCGGAGGUCAUUUCAAAGACUUAAAAAAACCGAAGAAGAAGAUGAAUGGUGUUAUAAAACACUAGUAUUGCAAUAUAAAGAGAAUCCGGAAGUAUUUUCAAUUGAAGAUGGAUCGAGGGAGUUACAAGAAAGUAUAUCUAAGGAAAGUGAACAAAUUAUGGAAGAAAAUCGAGAAUAUGCAACUAAAGAAGAAAUCCAAGAAGAAUUGCGAUGUCUCGAAACAGUCGAAGAAAUGGGAGUACAAGCCGCGAUUAAGCAUAUAAAAGAAGAAAAUAAGAAUAACGAUAACCUUAAGGCUUAUAUAUGUCGUGAAUUAUCACUUAAAUCGCCGCGUAAUGAAUCAUCACUAUAUAAUGGUAACUUGACAAAUAAGAAGAGGUCUGCCACAAGACGUUUACGAGACUGGAUUCAAUGUGAUGGGUAUCCCUCAUUGACAUUAGAACAAGCUGAGAAGCUUGUCGUUAUGUUGAAUUCAGGUGACAAGAUUCUUGUAGAGGGGGAUAAGGUUUCAGUGCGUGGAAAUGACCUAAUUACUCUUAAAAAACGAGGCUGGUUAAAUGAUGAAGUGAUAAACUUUUAUGUCGAGCUGAUUCUCAAACGCGCCGCUAGAGAACCGGAGAAAUACCCGAAAAUACAUAUGUUUAAUACUUUUUUCUACCCAUUACUGGAGAAAAAAGGAUAUUCAGGUGUAGCUAGGAUUACAAAGAGAGCUAAACUUGAUAUAUUUUCUCUCGACAUGGUGAUCGUUCCUAUACAUUUACAAAUUCAUUGGGCUUUGGCGGUCAUCAAUAUUAAAGAACGCCGAUUGGAAUAUUAUGAUUCAAUGAGUAAAGGAUGUAAUGAAUCAGUGUUGUCAUUAUUGAAACAUUAUGUUGAGGAAGAGUACAAGGACAAGAAGAAGGCGCCAAGCUACGAUACGAGUGAAUGGAAGUACUACAGAGUGAAUAAUUUACCUCAGCAAACUAACGCGUACGAUUGUGGUGUGUUCUCGAUGACCUUCGCUGAACACAUCAGCAGAGGUGCUUCGGUGCUUUUUACUCCACCGAGGUACAUGAAAUACUUUCGCUUGAAAAUGAUGUGGGAAAUAAUAGAUUCAGAGUUGUUGCCUGUUGACCAGCAACUUCAACCUUGUAAAGUCUCAGAACCAGUGAAAAAUGGGAGUAUAACUAAUAAUUAUGUUAAUUAUUCAGGCCAAAAAAGAACAUUCGAAGACAAUUGUAUAUUAGGUAAUUAAGAUAAUUAUACGUUUUUAUUCCUAUGAUUUUUGCGUUUUUGGUGAAUUAUUAAUGAAUGGAAGUUAGCUCAUGAUUAACGUAUGAUAUUAUAUAUAUAAAAUACCAACUCAGAAAAGUUGAAAAUUGAAAUAAUAUUUAUAGUAUUAUUUUUUUUAUAUUCUCUCUCUA